GCCUCAAAAUCCGCCUGCUUCAAGAAAAACACGAACCUGCAGAAUUGCGCACCUUCGUGACGUUUUCUUGCUUUCGUUUUACGCGCUCGGUGCGGUCAGGUGAGGUGAUGCAACAACGAAGACGGGCCUCGACCACAGAAAACCAACAGUACGUGACGGCACACGCAGAAGACGAGAUGUUUUAUACGCCGAUGACGUUAUUGGAAUUUGCAGAAUUUAUGGACGUGUGCUUCCCCGUUGCUCGCUCCCUCACCGUUUCGGACAGCAUCGACAUGCUCAGUGUGUUCACCAGCGUUCCGCCAGACAAGGUGCUGGCUGCUCUUCAGUUGGAGCCCUCCUUCGCCUUUGCAAAUUGUGUGCGCGGCAAUGCCCCGUUUGUUUCCACGACGGUGGUGUGUUUUUGGCUGCAUCGGCUGAUGCGCCCAACGAACGCCGCAGAGUCGUGGUGGGAUGCUUCUGACGUCUAUCUGCAUGACGCGUCGACGGAGGGAGGUGCGUGUAAUGGAAGGGCCACCGACAGACCGGCUCCCCACACAGAAGACGUGAGGAGCGUUCCUUUGCCAGCGCGCUCGGGCCAACCACCACGCCCCGCCUCAUCCUCGCAGCGAACAGGGGAGCGCAGCGGCAGAGAAGCGUCGAUGCACCCAACGCGCAACAGUGGGAGCUGGCGCGAUGUCAGCGAUGGACGGCCGUCUGCCGCCACGGCGGAGAUGGAAAGGCCGACGAUGACGAUCAACAUGACCACGACGCAUACCACGCCCGUCACCUCGCGCCAGCCAUCGCAGGGGACGGCGCCGUCGAUGGAGCAGGUGGUUGCGGUGGCCCUUUCAGAAAUGGACGCGUUGGCCGACAAAAACACCCAGCUGGACUGUCGCCCCGUUCAUGACGCGCAGGGGACGGCGACGCGUGACACUCUCUGUCCCUGCGAGAACGUUGCGAUGCACAAAGAUCGACCGCGAAGCCCCCUGCCGGUGCAGCCACCGGCGCAGCAGCAACUUCCGCCGUUGCCGCCCUCGACGACAUUGGCGGAGCUGGAAAGUUACGUACACCGCGGCAGGAAAAUGAAGGUGUGCCGGCAGUUCAUGCACACGGGCACCUGCUCGUACGGGGCACGGUGCCUCUUUCAUCACCAUCGUCCGUGGAACGUUUUGCAUUCAAAGUGA